AAGAACCAAGAUAUACCAAGUCUUGACAUUAUUCUCUUCUACUUGUCUCUCCUCCUCCUCCUCCUCCUCCUCCUCCUUAAACUAUUUUCUUCACUGUUUUCCUACCAACAUUAUCAUCCACUACAAUCACAGAUACAGAAAAGCUUAACUGGGUUUCAGACAGACAGACAGUUAGACAGAGAUGAGUGGUGACGAUCAUAGCAUGAUCGCGGAGAGGGCACUAAACAGCCUAGGCAAAGGAUUUGAUUUGACGUCAGAUUUCCAACUGAAAUACUGCAAGGGAGGCAAACAAAGAUUGGUUGUGCUCAAUGACACCGAUAAAAGAGAACUCACAGUUCCUGGUUUCAGAACCAUUCAGAACGUCUCCGUCGACAUUAAAUGUGACAAAGGCGAUCGUACUCGUUACCAAUCCGAUAUCCUCACCUUCAAUCAGAUGUCGGAGUUUUUCAACCAAGGGUCGAGUGUGCCAGGGAAAAUCCCAUCAGGGCUGUUCAACGCUAUGUUUGGAUUCGACAGCGGUUUAUGGGCAAAGGAUGCAGCAAACAUCAAGCACUUGGCUCUUGAUGGCUACUUCAUCAUAUUCUUCAAUGUUCAUAUUGAUAGAUACCCUCUUGUUCUCGCCGAAGAUGUCUGUGAGUCCGUUCCAUCCACCUGGGAUCCUCCUGCCCUUGCAAGAUUCAUUGAGAAAUAUGGCACUCACAUCGUCGUGGGAUUGAGUGUUGGUGCCGAGGAUGUUGUCUUAGUAAAGCAAGAUAAAUCUUCAAACAUGCAGCCAUCGGACCUCAAAAAUCACUUGAAUGAGCUUGGAGAUCAGCAUUUUACAGGGGCAUGCAGUUUCUCCCCAUCACACUCCAAAUCCAAAGACCAAAAACACAAGGUACCACAGACAUUCAAUGUCUUUCAUGAUCCUCAGUUGGCCAUUAAUGGCUUCUCAACCACAAACACAAAAGAUGGUACUAGUGUGAUAUUCUAUAAAAAAGGAGGCGAUCUGAUGGUCAGCAGCCACUACGAGUGGCUUCUCACAGCUCCAUCAAUGCCGGACGCAAUUCAGUUUAGUUUCAUUCCGAUCACUUCUCUCCUCAAAGAUGUGCCAGGCAAGGGUUUGCUGUCGCAUGCCAUCAACCUCUAUCUUCGAUACAAGCCUCCAAUAGAUGAUCUGCAGUACUUUUUGGACUUUCAAACCCACAAACUUUGGGCUCCUGUUCUCAAUGAGCUGGCUCUAGGCCCAGCCUCCAAUAGGACGACUCAGUCCCCUGCAAUCCACGUCAGCUUGAUGGGUCCUAAACUAUAUGUAAACUCUGCGCAAGUUAGGGUUGCAUUUAGGCCUGUCACGGGGAUGCGCUUGUAUCUUGAGGGCAGGAAAGCUAACAGGCUAGCCGUCCACCUCCAACAUCUGUCAAACACACCAUUCAUGUUGCAAAACAAGAUAGAUGACACACCAACAUGGCGAGGAUCGGAUGAAAUUGCCGACGACCGCUACUUUGAAGCCAUAAACCGGAAAAAGAUUUCCCAUGUGUGCACUGUACCGGUAAAAUACGACCCCAAAUGGAUGUCCUCCAAGAAAGAUGCGUCCUUCAUAGUGUCCGGGGUCCAGCUUGUUGUAAAGAAGCAUGACACAAAGAAUGUCCUCCAUCUUCGGCUCUUGUUCUCCAAAGUCUCAGAUCAUUUCGUUGUCCAAUCAAAUUGGACUGAACCACCGUCGGAACAUUCCCAAAAGUCGUCAUCGUCCGGUCUCUUCAGUGCCAUAAGUACAUCGAUUUCGGGGAGUAAUUGGUCGAGAGAUAGAGUACUGCCCGAUGAUGAUCGAGUGAUUGUGGAUUCGAGUGUGUUCCCGACAGGGCCUCCGGUGCCGCUGCAGUUACAAAAGUUUGUGAAGUACGUGGACAUGUCACAUCUGUGUAGGGGCCCACAAGACGGUCCAGGAUAUUGGUUGGUCACCGGAGCUAGGCUCAACUUAGCGAAGGGGAAGAUAAGUUUGCAAGUAAAGUUCUCUUUGUUAAACUUAUGUUCACCAUCACCACCAGUCUCCCUUCGAGAUUUGAUGUACAACGUUGUGGAUUUGGAAGCAUAAUUUUUUAGUUCUUUGGUAAACUGUAGCACAAAAGCUAGCUAGCUUAUGCUCUGGGUUUGUCGCUCUAAAAAUGUACAGAGUGUAGAGUGAUACUUGGAGAGAGAGUUUGAAAAUAUGACUUUAAUCCCUCAAAUUCAAUUUUUUUCAUAUAAAACCCGA